UUCAGAUUUAAAGGUAAGCAGAAGAAGAGGAGAAAGCAAAUCCAAAUUGAUCCUCCAUUUUGCGACUCAACCUCUCUCUCUCUCUCUCUCUCUCUCUCUCUCUGUUGUAACGCCAUUAUAACACACAGCUGGAAACAUCUCUUCUACUCUCUCUCUCUCUUCUCGGGGCAAGGGGAGAGAGAAAGAGAAGCGACAUUGUCUUCGAUCACAGGUCUCUGUCAUAAAUGUUAAAAUCAUCAUGUGUGUGUUUUUGUCCUCUUCUGUCUUUCUCUAGAUAACAUCGAUGCAACACAACAAAAAAAUUCUUCUAACAGAACAAAAAGAAAAAAACAUUUCUUUUUCUUUCUGAUGUGUUGUUCAACGUGUUAGGCUCUGACGAAAAGUCGUUUUGGUUACAUGUGCGAUGUGUCUUUCAGGCUCUGCGUUUCCUCUCUUACCACACCACCGUGACUCCUCCUCUGCUCAUAACCCAUAACCAUCUUCUCUCGCUUCCCUCUCCUUACAUUGUUCUUCCUUCCUCUCUCUCUCAUUCAAUGCUCUUUUACCUCAGAAAAAUCUCAUUAACCUAAUUUUGAAUAUGGGUUUCACUUUCACCACCCUCUUGACCGCUGCUCUUCGUGAUUUACCACUCGUGGAAGUGUCCUCGAUCUGCAUCAAUCUGGCUCUUCUCUUAGUGUUCAUCAUCGAUAUCUCCGCAAGACGCUUACUUCUCUGCCUCCGUCGUGGUCCUUUCUUCAAACAUCACGACUCUGUCGGAAACUCUAGUUCCGGGGACACCCGUGAGCUUCAAGUCACCAUUGGCUACAAACUCUCGGUUCUUUGCUGUCUCUACGUCCUAGUCGUGCACGUUUCGGUUUUAGCGUUAGAUGCUGUCGGAGUAACUAAGGAAAGAAACGAGGUUUGUGUCCUUUUCUCGCCGAUUACACAGAUUCUAGCUUGGUUAGUGUUGUGCGCAUCAGUUGUUCGAUGUAAUUACACCUCUGCGGAGAAGUUCCCUUUCUUGUUAAGGCUGUGGUGGGUUGUGGGCUUCUUCAUCUGUUUAUGGGCUUUGUUCGUAGACUCAAGAGAGCUUCUUGUAAACGGCUCGACCCAUUUGUCUUCGCACGUUGUUGGGAACUUUGUUUCGGCUCCGGCUCUGGCUUUCCUCUGCUUCCUGGCUCUCAGAGGUGUAUCAGGUCUUCGAGUUAUUAUUACACAUCCACAUCUUCUUGACCCUCUGCUUGUGGAAGAAGAAGAUGAAGAAGAAAAAGCUGGUUGUCUCAGUGUUACUUCCUAUAGUGACGCCGGGUUGUUCAGCCUUGCUACGCUUUCGUGGCUGAAUCCUCUCCUCUCCCUUGGCGCCAAGAGGCCGUUGGAUCUCAAGGACAUUCCUCUGCUCGCUCCCAAAGACCGAGCGAAGACGAACUACAAAAUCUUGAAGUUUAACUGGGAGAAGUUAAAGGCUGAGAGUCCCUCGAACUCGCCUUCUCUUGCUUGGGCCAUCUUGAAGUCGUUUUGGAAAGAAGCGGCUUGUAAUGCAGUCUUUGCUGGCUUGAACACUCUUGUUUCGUAUGUGGGUCCUUAUUUGGUGAAUGACUUUGUUAAUUAUCUGGGCGGGAAAGAGACUUACCCUCACGAGGGUUACAUCCUCGCUGGUAUCUUCUUUGCGGCCAAGCUCGCAGAGACUUUAACAACCCGGCAGUGGUAUCUUGGUGUCGAUAUCUUGGGGAUGCAUGUGAGAUCGGCUCUAACGGCUAUGGUGUACAGAAAAGGGCUAAAACUCUCGAGUAUAACUAAGCAGAACCACACGAGCGGCGAAAUUGUGAACUACAUGGCCGUUGAUGUCCAGAGAGUAGGUGACUACUCUUGGUACCUUCAUGAUAUGUGGAUGCUUCCUCUACAGAUUGUACUUGCUCUCGGGAUCUUGUACAGGAGCGUGGGAGUGGCGGCUGUAGCCACGUUGGCGGCCACGGUUUUCUCUAUUAUCGCCACUAUCCCGUUGGCCAAAAUCCAAGAGGACUAUCAAGACAAAUUGAUGUCUGCUAAAGAUGAGCGAAUGAGAAAGACUUCGGAGUGUUUGAGGAACAUGAGGAUUCUGAAACUGCAGGCUUGGGAGGAUCGGUACAGGGUCGUACUUGAGGGAAUGAGGAGUACAGAGUUCAAAUGGCUUCGAAAGGCUUUAUACUCUCAAGCGUUUAUCACGUUUAUAUUCUGGAGUUCGCCCAUAUUUGUAGCUGCAAUCACGUUUGCUACGGCUAUAGGCUUAGGAACUCAGCUCACUGCAGGAGGUGUUCUCUCUGCGCUUGCAACAUUCAGGAUUCUUCAGGAGCCGCUUAGGAAUUUUCCUGAUCUGGUGUCAAUGAUGGCUCAGACUAAAGUAUCUCUUGAUCGAAUAUCUGGAUUUCUGCAAGAGGAAGAGCUCCAGGAAGAUGCUACGAUAAUCCUUUCUCAAGGUAUGUCAGACACAUCUGUGGAGAUCAAAGACGGUUGUUUCUCUUGGGAUCCUUCGUGGGUAAGGCCAACUUUGUUUGAUAUUCAUCUAAACGUUAAGAGAGGAAUGCGAGUAGCUGUCUGCGGAGUCGUUGGUUCCGGAAAAUCAAGUUUUCUUUCUUGUAUACUUGGAGAAAUACCUAAAAUAUCGGGUGAGGUCAGAAUAUGCGGUACUGCUGCUUAUGUUUCACAAUCCGCAUGGAUUCAGUCUGGGAAUAUAGAAGAAAAUAUUCUCUUCGGCAGUCCAAUGGAUAAGGCUAAGUACAAGAACGUUAUACACGCUUGCUCACUGAAACGGGACUUGGAGCUCUUCUCACACGGUGAUCAGACCAUUAUCGGUGACAGAGGCAUAAACCUCAGCGGUGGUCAGAAGCAGAGAGUUCAGCUAGCAAGAGCGCUUUAUCAGGAUGCUGAUGUAUAUCUGCUGGACGACCCUUUCAGCGCUGUUGACGCUCACACUGGCUCCGAACUCUUCCAGGAAUAUAUAUUGACGGCUCUGGCAGACAAGACUGUGAUAUUUGUAACUCAUCAAGUCGAGUUUCUUCCUACAACGGAUCUUAUAUUGGUGCUUAGGGAUGGCCAAAUCAUACAGUCAGGGAAGUAUGAGGAACUGCUACAAGCAGGAACAGAUUUCUUAUCACUUGUGUCUGCUCAUCAUGAAGCAAUUGAAGCUAUGGACAUUCCAAGCCAUUCAUCAGAGGACUCUGACAGCCAUCAUGGGCUAGACCAGUCAUUGCCACACAAUCCAAAAUCCAACGCUUCCUCGAGCAACAUUGAGAUUCUGGCCAAGGAGGUCCAAGAAGGGCCAUCAGGGUCUAACCAGAAAGCCAUCAAAGAGAAAAAGAAAGCAAAACGGCUGAGGAAGAAACAACUGGUUCAGGAAGAGGAACGUGUCCGGGGACGAGUCAGUAUGAAGGUGUACUGGUCAUAUAUGGCUGCAGCCUAUAAAGGGUUGUUGAUUCCACUCAUAAUCAUUGCGCAAACACUGUUUCAGGAGAGGUGUUGGCAGUUCACCGGGGAGAUGGGAAUACAGAUUGAUCUUUUCAGAUACCCCAAUAAGACGGAUGAAUGUAAAAGUGACGUCUUUAGGGAUGGAGACGAUGAGCAUACUACUACUUUCGACAUGAUUCACGAAAGAGAGUUUCACCUGAGAGGGAGGACAACGACCCCAAAUACUCCUGGUAGAGAGAUUGAACAACUUGAUACACAAGUGGCAAAUGGUCAUCUCAAGGUGGAUGGAACUGAAGUAGAUAAAGGGAGGGAUCAGAACAGCGUCUUGGGAAAGGAAGGUGAAGAUGAUGGAAUGCAGAGGUUAAUGUGUGAGACACAAACUGAUGACACAACUGUUGGAAAUAUGGAAAUGAGCCAAGUUGCAGGUGAGCAAGACUCUCCCUCGUGUACUCCGGAUGCAGUUAUAGCAGCUGGAGAGACUAUUCAAAACGUGUACUUUAAUGGUCCGGUCUUACCACAGUCACCAUCACUAGCACAUAAGCACCCUCAAAAUGAGAUAGAGACUCCAGGACACAGGCGCACAAAUAGUUUCCAGAGACUGAAAACUCAGAUGCACAAGGCUUGGCGUGGGGUCAGCAAUCUACGUGACGAUAGUCGGCCCACGUUCAAUCCCGAAGGUCUUAGCAAACCAAGAAAAGACAGUGGUACCAGCUCCACUCUUCAAAAGCUCUGGUAUUAA